UGGUACAGGAAGACGAGCUGGAGUGAGGUGGGGAUGAGAAAUCAUCAUUUAGUUAGCUCGCUGCUAGCUGCCUAUAGUUGAAGUGUAAUGAGCUUAGUAGCCCAAAUUUAGAAUAUUAGUUUGCUUUUGGUGGGGACGACGAUGACCCUUUGACAUCAAGGAUGGACAUAAGUUAACAAUGACGGGGGAGAAGAAGAAGAAGAAGCGGCUGAACCGCAGCAUUCUUCUUGCAAAGAAAAUUAUAAUAAAAGAUGGAGGAAGUCCUCAGGGAAUCGGCGAGCCCAGUGUUUACCAUGCGGUGGUGGUCAUUUUCCUGGAGUUCUUCGCCUGGGGACUCCUCACCACCCCGAUGCUUGCGGUAUUAAAUAGCACAUUCCCCCGACACACAUUCCUGAUGAAUGGACUCAUUCACGGCGUGAAGGGCCUUCUGUCGUUUCUGAGUGCUCCUCUGAUCGGAGCAUUGUCAGACGUAUGGGGGCGCAAGUCCUUCUUGCUGCUAACGGUCUUCUUCACAUGCGCGCCCAUUCCGCUGAUGAAGAUCAGCCCAUGGUGGUAUUUUGCAGUCAUCUCCAUGUCUGGCGUCUUCGCCGUCACCUUCUCUGUGAUCUUUGCUUACGUGGCAGACAUCACGCAAGAGCAUGAGAGGAGCACAGCGUAUGGCUUGGUGUCGGCCACCUUUGCGGCCAGCCUGGUCACCAGUCCGGCCAUCGGAGCGUAUCUGUCUGAGGCCUACGGCGACACGCUGGUGGUGAUCCUGGCCACGGCCAUCGCCCUGCUGGACAUCUGCUUCAUCCUGGUGGCCGUGCCGGAGUCUCUGCCGGAGAAGAUGAGGCCGGCGUCAUGGGGAGCGCCCAUCUCCUGGGAACAGGCAGACCCCUUCGCCUCUCUGCGUAAAGUGGGCCAGGACUCCACGGUGCUCCUCAUCUGUAUCACAGUGUUCCUCUCCUACCUCCCUGAAGCCGGGCAGUACUCCAGCUUCUUCCUCUAUCUCAAACAGGUCAUACGGUUCUCCUCAGAGACGGUGGCUGCCUUCAUUGCAGUUGUGGGGAUCCUCUCGAUCUUGGCUCAGACGGUCGUGUUGGGCAUCCUGAUGCGCUCUAUAGGAAAUAAAAACACCAUCCUGCUCGGCCUCGGCUUCCAGAUCCUCCAGCUGGCCUGGUAUGGCUUUGGCUCUCAGCCCUGGAUGAUGUGGGCAGCUGGGGCCGUAGCAGCCAUGUCCAGCAUCACCUUCCCCGCCAUCAGCGCCAUCGUGUCGCGUAAUGCUGAUCCUGACCAGCAAGGCGUUGUCCAGGGGAUGAUUACUGGCAUCCGAGGGCUCUGUAACGGUUUGGGCCCGGCGCUUUAUGGCUUUGUCUUCUACUUGUUCCACGUUGAGCUGUCAGACACGAACAGCUCUGAAAAAGGUCCCAAAUCCAACAUGGCCAACCCCACAGACGAGAGUGCCAUCAUCCCCGGUCCUCCCUUCCUCUUCGGAGCGUGCUCAGUGCUGCUGUCCCUGCUGGUGGCGCUCUUCAUCCCCGAGCACACGGGGCCCGGCGUGCGGCCCGGCGCCUACAAGAAGCACAGCAACGGGGCGCAGAGUCACUCCCACAGCCCCCAGGGCAGCGGGGCGGAGGGCAAGGAGCCGCUGCUGGAGGACAGCAGCGUAUAACCUCAGCUAAAGGGGGGAGGGGGGGGGCGACCGCCCCGCAGCAAAGACCCUCGCCACAUAGACGCACGGUUUAACCACAGGGACGCGGGUCAGAGCGCCGUGGAGAGUUUGGGGAAAAUGUCCGCAGCGCCAAAGCGGACGCUCCAUGAAGCUGUACUUUGUCUGAAGGCGGGGUUUUAGGAGGACUCUCUGAAGAUCCCGAGGCUGCGAUCGGUUUUUGUUCUGGUUUUUUUUUUUGUUUUUGUUUUUUUUUUUAGAGAGAGAGAGGGCUGUCGCUCAGCUGGACUUCACUUUCUCUACAGCUGUAACAGGGAGGAAAACACAUCAGCUCCCCUCCUCCUCCUCCUCCUUGUCCUACUGAAGCAAAGCUGAACCCAAUCAAGUGCAAGGGGGGGGGGGGGGGGGGUUUAUUUAAAAAUGUCGCUAAAUACCUGCGAGUCCUGACAUGGAUCUCGUCACGUCGGAGUGGAACGAGCAGCUGAGCCCUCGUGCUGAGAAGCUGUCGUCCACACAGGGAAACGCAGGCCUCCCUCUGCGCCGACGGCUCAAAGUGAUGAACCGUCGGCCGGUUCUCAUGAAAGCUUCGGCGGUACGGCAGAUUUGUUGGGGCCUGGCGGCUCCUUCGCUCAGAGCGAUGCGGGGGAGGAGGAGCGCGCCCCGUCAGCUGAGGUCUCCCCUCAAUGUUUACCUGCAGUCCUCUAGAUUCAUAGUACAGUUUGGGUUGUACGUUUUGUUUUUUUCUCUGUUCCAACUGAAGUCUAGUUGUGCUUCAAGUUUUUAAGUCAAGAAACAAAAACGUUGCCUUGAAGUGGCUUACCGUUAAGAAAAUAAAUAAAAAUAAAAACCCGCAUUAUAACCUGUAUGAAGACCAAGGUCUGAGAAGGCUCUGUAAUCUCACUGUCGCUCCCAUCGGAGCUGUUAGACUCUUUUUAUUCUUUCGCGUUCGUUUUAGUUCAUGGUGUGCAUCAGCAUCAGGGCCGAGGCUAACAGAACCUUCCCUUUUCUUUCUGUUUUCAAAAGCAUCAGGACCAUUUAGAGCUAGCCGGCGGCAGGGAGAACGCGGUCGUGUUGAUAUCAUUGAUGCCGUCAUGAGGAUGUCGGUGCGCCUGCUGCAGCCGGGGACCUUCGUUUCGUUUUGUCACGCGCUUUCUUCGAAUUUCUGCCGUUGGAUCAGAAACGGACGGUUUGAUCUCAUCCCUCGUGUUUCCACUGCCAGCUAAGGGACACGGACAACAUGCUUCACCUCCUUUUACUGCUUGGAGCCAGAAAAUAGAGGAUGGGAAAAUGUUCGUAUUUUCACACUUUGUGUCUCAAUGAUCUGGCUUCCUUUCCAUCUGUCCUUCCUUGUGACCUUUCCUCUGACUCCUUCUUCACAUUUUCUUCCUUUCCUGUUUCUUUCCGUCCUUCUCCUUCCUUCCUUACUCCCUGUCAUUGGUUUUUUUUUUUCUCUUAUGUAACAUCAACCCUCUUUCAAAAUCAUCUUCCAUGAAUUCGGAAGUUUCUUUUUUUUUUUUAUAUCAAUGCUAAUGACUAAAACUGGGAAGCUGCGUCUGAAAGUCUUUACGUCAGAAACAUGUGGCAAUUUCGUAUUUAAAGCGUCGGUGGGUAAAAUCAGCGCAUUCUGGAUCUGCUGGAAGGAAUAUUUGUUUUUGGAUCAGAAUCCAGUUUUUUUUUUUUUCUUUUCCCUAACCAUUCUUGAAAAGCAGGGAUUCAAAGCUAACGACACGACAAUGAUCUGAAAGUGAAAGCCGCCUAAUGGAGUCGCUCUCUAAGCGCUCCUAAUAUCGGCAUAAAGAGUGAAAAACGUUAAGACCCCAGGAUUUUGCUCAAUCAGCCAAAUAUACAGGAGCUCUGCGAGGCCUGCUCACAGAAACAGGUUGUGAUUUUUUUUUUUAAAAACGAUCAUGGAGGUAAGAUCAGGACACCUAUUCAGGAUUCAUGUAGUUAAAUUUCAGAGCGGCGGCCGACGCAGUUUUCCAGCCUCCAUCACCAAGGAGUGGUUUCCAUAGUUCAUCUCAACGUUUCCAACCAUCCCUUUACCCUCUGCUGUUUGUGUUUUUUUUUUUUUUAUAAAGUUUAGGGAAAAGCGUUUGAUUAAAGCAGUAAUUCAAAUCAAGUCGACCUGCUAUAAAACAUAAGGACUGAAGUUGCUCACAGUGGGAUAAAGAAAUACUGAUAUCAACCUCAACAAGCAGCAUGAACUAAAAUCUGGUUUAGUGUUUUGUUUUUGUUUUGCCCACGUUCAUUUGUUUGCUUUUGGUCUUUUCAUUUCCAACAAAUCCCUGUAAAUGAGGAAUAAAACAAAAGGAUUUUUAGCAACCUUUAUAAGCAGAAGUGGGCCGUCUGCAGCUCUGUGAGCCGCGCCUAAUUAAGAGCGACGGGAUGUAAAGCCUCAUUCUAGACCUGAAGUACAUUUAAAAUCCACCCUGGUGUAAAAAAAAAAUCAAUGCCAUGUGCUUUUUGUUGCCUGUAGGUGGCGUUCAUGUCUAUCUUUGUGUUGUUUUUGGGGUGGAGGAGUACCUUGUACCACAGCUGGUUUUAGUUUUUCCUGUUUUUUUUGCAGAAAAAUUCAAAUAUUUUAAUCACGUCUGUAUUAGCUAACUGCUAUUUAAUACCUUUUGAGCUCACAUGUGUGCCAAAUUUGAGUUUUGCUUCUUUUGUACUGUUUGCACUUGAGUAACUUGAUUAUUGACUUGGUUUCUUCUUAUUUGUCUUAAUAUAUCUGGCUGAAGAUUUAACUUCUAAGGCUGUAAUUUGUUUUGUUUUUUAUUAUGGCUUUUUAAGUCUCCAUCCUGUAAUUUUUUUUAGGAAUCUUUACAACUUUUGAUUGACCUGUUUUCAGCCUUGGUCUUCAUUUAAUGACAAGCAUUUCACUUUUUUUGUUUUUUUUUUUUUGUUGUUCUUUCUUCUGUUGCGAGUGUAAAUGUGCAGUUUACCAGACUGAUAUCUGAACGUUUCACGUCACCGUCGACCCCCCCCCCCCCCCCCGUCACAGUUUUCCUCCACCCAGCCGGACUUCAAGAUGUCAUUUAAUCCCAGACCAAUCGUUAAUUGGAUGAAUCUCAGAAGAGUAAAAACGCACCGGCCUCCAUGUGCAACCAACCGCGCUCCAAGCAGACGACUGCGAAAGCACGGAAAUCACCCGUACGUGCAGCAAAUGUAAAUAUGUAGCUGUCGCUGGAGGAGCCGGCCGCCUCCCCGGUCCUGUUUGGUCGUACGGUGCAGUGAUAUAUUUCUCGACGCGUACCUGUUUAUUAGCCACUUUUUUUUAUUUUCGAUUUUUUUAGUACGCCGUGGUUUUGUGGCCUGAAACCCCCAAGUUCUCUGUGUGCCUAAAAUUAGCCAAGAAAUGUGUACGGCAACGUAAAGUUAAAAACGGUGGUUAUUAUGUAAAUACGGGAAACUAAUGAUAAACUAUUUAUUAAAGGUUUAUUGUACAAUGAAA